AUGAGAAAAAUAUAAAAAGAAAUCGAUGAACUUAAUAAUAAAUAUUUUCCAAGUAAAUCAUAUAUUAACUGUGAUAUAAAAUACUUUAAUUUAGACCUUUUAGUUUAGAAUAUAGGAUAUUUCGAUAUUAUUUAUAUGGAUCCACCCUGGAGAAUCAAAGGUGGAUAAUAAGUUGAUAGUUAAUUUAUGUUUUCGAAUAGUAAAUUUUCUUUGGAAUACAAUACUAUGUCUAACAAAGAUAUUAUAGAUAUAAAUAUAGAAACAUUAUCUAAAAAAGGGUUUUUAUUUUUAUGGAUUUUAAAUACACAAAUGGAUAUAGCUUGCUAAAUGAUGUAAAAAUGGGGAUAUGAAGUAGUUGAUAAACUUAUAUGGAUAAAAAUGAAAGAUAAAAAUAUUUAAUUAACCCAUGGAUAUUAUUUUAUGCAUUCAUUUGAAAUGUGUCUAAUUGGUUAUAAAAAUAAUGAAUUUAGUGGCGAAUCUAAAAGCAAUUACAUGGAAUAAAAUUAUCCUUAAUUCCAUUAAUAUAUUACUAAUAAUGUUAUAUUUUCCGAAGUAAGGAAAAAAUCAUAGAAACCAGAUGAAAUUUAUGAAAUAAUUGAACUCUUAAUACCUGGAAGUAAAAAAAUCGAAAUUUUUGCUAGAAAUAAUAAUUUAAGACCUGGCUGGUUAAGCUUAGGAAAUUAAUUAGGUGAAACUUAUGAAUAAUGGUUAAAUUUAGUUUGCUGUGACGAAUGUAAAUAAGAAAUAACAAAGUAGAAAUUAAUGAGAUAUAAAAGUAAAUAUCGCCAUAAUUAUGAUUUAUGUCAAAACUGUGUAUAACAUCAUAAUAAGGAAGACUUUUUUGAAAUCUAAAACAAAGUAUAUGAAGAUGUUCUUCAUUAAUAUUAAUAAUGUAAUCAUUGUAGAACUGAACCUAUUUGGGGAAUAAGAUUCCACUGUUUAGAUUGUUAAGAUUUCGAUUUAUGUGAAGCAUGUGUUGAUUUAAAUAUUAAAGAAAAUGAUAAAUUUCAUGAUUAAAAACAUUAAAUGUAAGUCAUUGAAGUCCCUAUAUAUGCAGAUGGUUUUCCAGUACAUGAUAAAAGAUGUUCUUCAUGUUAUAUGAUGCCUAUUACGGGAACAUGUUUUACUUGUCAUUAAUGCUCUGGAAAUUUUAAUUUAUGUUAAAAUUGCUUUUUUAAUAAAUCUUCGGAAAAAAUAGCAAAUAAAAGACAUAAAUAAGAGCAUGUUAUGGAUCCAAUUUUAAGUCCAACAAAAAAUAGCAAAACUAAAAAAUACAAAUGUGGAGGAUGUGGAUUAGCAAAUUUAAAUGGAGAAAUAUUUAAAUGUUUAAACUGUUAUUGUUUUUAUUUUUGUUAAAGUUGUUAUGAUACCAAAAGAGAUAAUUUUAAAACUAAUAUUGCAAGUUCACAUAAAACAUAUCAUACAUUAGUAAAAAUUUAAACAAAAAAUGAAGAUUUAGAUGAAAAAAAGAAUGAAAAUGAAAAUGAAAAUGAUAAUGAUUUAAAAUAAAAAGAUUAAAUUCAUGAUUAAUAAUAAUUAAUAUAAUGUGUUUAAGAAAAUAAUAAUAAUUAGCAAGAAAAUAACAAAAACUAAUCUUUAUAAAACACAAUGAUUAAAUAAAGGGGUAGACCUAAAAAGAAAAUUAGCAAUUUAGAAUUAUAUAUGGAUAAGUUAAGUAAAUAAAAAAAAAGCUAAGAAAACUCUGAAAAAUGA